AGGUUGGGGAGGGGGGAGCGAAUGAAGAGAGAAUCUGCUCCCCUGCUGUUGUGCUAGGAUCAUAUACAGUACUUCAGAGCCAGCACGUUGAAACCAGACACCCUUUUCAUUCAUGCAGUCAAACUCAGGCUCCUCUUAUCUGUGACACAGCUUUAGGCAAUCCAUACCUAACCCUUUUAAUAUUAUUACCAGAUUUGCAGCCUAUUGCCAUAUUAUUUAUUUAUUUAUUUAUUUUGCAAAAAUUAAAUUAAAAUAAAAUAAAAGAGUGCCAGAGCUGGAGGCUGCCCUGUCUCCCAGUUGUAUUCUCCUUGUGCUUGCCGAGUGGGAGGGUCAUGCUGUGUGAGACUAAUAAGGACAGAGCUGCAUCCCCUUCUCCCACUCUUAAGAGACUCCAGCAACUCCUCAGCAACUACAGCAGAUUUGGACAGGCAUUUGCUGUGCUUCUGGGGGAAACUUAAUAAAUAAAAACUGAAGAUUUCUGAACGUUUGUUCACAUGUGUUCGAGAGGAGAUGAAGGCUACUGGAUUUUGCAUAAUUCAACUUUGGCUUGCAAUCCUUUUUUUUCCUGUCUCUCAUUCUAUGGCAGUCACUGACAAAACAGGUUUUGAUUUAGCAGAAAGCUUUUCUUUGAGGCAGAUGUCAUGUGGAACUGGAAAACCCUGUUUUAAAUUGGGAAAUGCACCUCUUAUCAGAGAGACUCAGCAAGUGUUUCCAAAUGGACUUCCAGAGGAAUACUUCUUAACAGCCACAUUCCGUCUUAGAAGGAGCAGCAAAAAAGAACGAUGGCACUUACUGCAAGUUUUAGAUCAGCGCAACUUGCCACAGGUUUACAUUACUGUUGAUGGUUCAAAGAAGGUUAUAGAGUACAUUGCACAAUCCACCCAAGGGCACUCCCUGCGUUACACUUUCAAAAGCCACGAAAUACAUCCAGUCUUUGAUCGCCAAUGGCACAAACUCAGCAUCAGCGUACAACCGAGGAUGGUUUCCCUGUAUGUGGACUGCAGUUUAAUUGAGCACAGGCAGACUGACGAAAUAGCUACUGCUGACUUCCAAGGGAAAAUUCUUAUUGCUACCCGCUAUUUAGAUGGCAAGCCUGUGGACAUUGAACUUGGUCACAUGAUCUUGUAUUGCAAUCCCAGUCUUGCGGAUCAGGAGACUUGCUGUGAAGUAUCUGAAAAUAUGUGUUCUUUGGAAGAAAGCUUGAAAACGACUACAGUGUCACCAUCAACCGCUCAUGUUGGUGAAAUACAUGCACUUCCCAUGAUGGAAAAAAAACCUGAAGAAAAAUGUUUUUGCCAUCCAAAUAAGGGAGAAGUAGGAUUGCCAGGCGUAUCAGGUUUGCCAGGCCAAAAAGGAGAAAAGGGUGAAGAUGGAGCUAAAGGAGAAAAUGGCAUCCCUGGUAUUCCAGCAGAAAAGGGAGAAGAUGGUCUGACUGGCGCCCCUGGUGUUCCUGGUAUUUCUGGUGAGAAGGGUGAACAUGGCUUGAAAGGUGACAAAGGUGAUGUGGGUGAAAAGGGUGAAAUGGGAGAUAGAGGAGAGAAAGGAUCAGAUGGAACACCUGGGACAUAUGGUUUGAAAGGAGACCCGGGUGAUCAUGGAAUGCCUGGUACAAAGGGAGAAAAGGGUGACAUGGGACCACCAGGACCAGCUGCACUUAGUUGGGAGUCUCCUGUCAAGGGCAUGCCAGGAAUAGAAGGUCCUCAAGGCCCUCCUGGAAAUGAAGGUCAGAGGGGACGCCGAGGCAAGCCAGGAGCCCCUGGAAAAGCAGGACCACCAGGGCCACCUGGUCCUCCAGGUGUUCCAGGAUUUCACGAUUCCUUUAAAGGCCCAUAUUAUCAGAGUCAUCAUGAAGAAAAGGCCUCAAAAGGUGAAAAGGGGGAGACUUCUGAGAAAGGAGAAAAGGGGGACCCAGGUGCACCAGGAGAGUCUGGUCCUGCUGGGCCUAUUGGUAGUCCAGGACCUCAGGGAUCCCCAGGGCAAGCUGGUCCCAGGGGACCACCAGGAGAAGUUGGAUUACCAGGAGGACAUGGAAUACCCGGAAAACCAGGGAUUAAAGGAGAAAAGGGAGACGCUGGUGGGAUCAUAGGUCCUCCUGGGCUUCAAGGUUCCAAAGGUGACACAGGACCUCCAGGACCAAGUUUUCCAGGAAGACCAGGACCUGCAGGCACACCUGGGUCAAUAGGUCCACGAGGACCCAAGGGUGAAAGAGGUCUUCCUGGGGUGCAAGGGCCUCCUGGAGAAACAGGUCCAGCAGGAAAUGGAACCCAAGGUCCUCCUGGUCUUAGAGGGCCUCCUGGUGCACCAGGGUUCCCGGGUCCAAGGGGACCACCUGGAUUACCAGGUACUCCAGGAACCCCGGGCCUUGAUGGCAUUCCAGGACAUGAUGGAAAGCCAGGACUCCCAGGACCUCCAGGGGACCCAGUUGCUCUUCCUCUUCUUGGUGACAUGGGCGCUUUGUUAAAGGGUGAUGCUGGUCCAAGAGGUCCUCCAGGAAUCCCAGGCAGAGAAGGGCCCAAGGGGAAUAAAGGUGAACGUGGAUUUCCUGGACUUCCUGGAGAGAAAGGUGAUGAGGGUCUUCAAGGUAUUCCAGGACUUCCUGGUAUUGCAGGACCUGCAGGACCUUCUGGGGCAUCAGGGAGACCUGGCCACCCAGGGUCACCUGGGACAAAAGGUGAAAAGGGAAACCAGGGUGUUCCUGGGAAGCCUGGAUCUCCUGGCCCACCAGGUGUGCCGUACAAUGAACGAAAUGGCAUGAGCAGCCUCUAUAAACUGCAGGGGGGUACCAAUGCUGCAACUUAUGCUGGUCCACCUGGCCCUCCUGGCCCAAAAGGUGACACUGGAGCAACGGGGGAAUCGGGCCCAAUGGGGCUUCCAGGACUAGAAGGACUUCAAGGAGAAAAGGGAGACCAAGGUCCAGCAGGUCCUCCAGGGGUCCCAGGAAUACCUGGUAAGCAUGGUUCACCGGGGCCAGCAGGAAUGCCUGGAGAACCAGGUGAAAGAGGUCCUAUUGGAGAUAUUGGCUUUCCUGGACCAGAAGGACCAUCAGGCAUACAAGGCAUAAAUGGAAAGGAUGGAUUGCCUGGUCCCCAGGGUUUACAGGGUAAAGCAGGUGACAGAGGCCCUAAAGGAGAAAGAGGAGAUCAAGGUAUACCAGGAGACAAGGGUCCUCAAGGAGAAAGAGGAAAACCUGGCCCAUCAGGAGACAAAGGGGACGUAGGACCGAUGGGACCUCAAGGGAACAAAGGCCACCCAGGAUCACCAGGUCACAAGGGCUCUCCAGGUUCACCGGGAGUCCCAGGCUUACCGGCAGAUUCAGCUUUAUUUGAAGAAAUGAAAAAAUACAUCAGACAAGAGGUUCUUCGAGUUUUUGAAGAGAGGAUGGGUCACUUUAUGUCCCAGCUCAAGUUGCCUGCUGCCAUGCUAGCUUCCCAAACACAUGGAAAACCAGGUCUUCCAGGAAAAGAUGGCCUCCCUGGACCACCUGGAGAACCUGGACCUCCAGGCUACAGAGGACAGAAAGGUGAAAGAGGUGAGCCUGGAAUUGGCCUGCCAGGUGAUCCUGGGCCACCUGGUAUUUCAGUCCCUGGUAUGCCAGGCCCCCCGGGACAACACGGACCGCCUGGGCCAUCAGGACGGUGCAACCCAGCAGACUGCUCGUCUCCUGUCUCGCAAACACAGCCACGGACAACUGGGAAAUGAACAUCUUCUCUGAAGAUAUUUUGAUUGCUGACUCCCUGGGCCUUUUCCUCAUUCCUCCUCCUGCUCUCCCCACCUAAUCAUGAAUUUAAGCUUUAAAAUAUUUGGUGCAUUUUUGUCCAUAUGCGUUAUACUGUUCAUAGACAUUUUACAGAGAAUCUCAGUAGAAUAAUUCUUUUCCAGAAUUAAGCCAAUGCUGAGAUGUUGUUUAUUUUUAGUUCAUUCCAUAUGUUUUUAUUUUUAGGCUACUUUUUAAGACUUUGGUGUUGUUGUUUUUCUUGCAUCAUGAUGGCCUAUUGAUCGAUUAAUGGUUUAUAAUUUAUUGCUUCGAAAAAGAAAACUUACUGAAUGACAGUUUCCUGCUUUUUUACUCCUGGAUUUCUAGUAAAUACUAUAAUUGUAUUUGUUCCCCUUUUCCCAUUUCCUAUACCCUUCCCAGUUUUUGCCCUCUUUUGUGAAAAUAUUUUGGGAUCUUUUAAUUCAACAUAUCACCCUAAGAAAUGAGCUGUCAAAAUUGUAAGCUGGGUAUUAGCUGAUGCUUUUAUUUGUGCUUAACGGUACUCCAUGAAGUCAUGCCGGCCACAUGACCUUGGAGGUGUCUAUGGACAAUGCCGGCUUUUCGGCUUAGAAAUGGAGAUGAGCACCAACCCCCCCAGAGUCAGAUAUGACUGGACUUAACGUCAGGGCAAACCUUUACUUUUUAAAGUGCCUGAGCCACUGAGAUUUCCCAUACUCCCUUUGCCCUUGUGCAGUCUUGGCAAGAAAAUUAUUAAAUAGAGCCACUCUUCUCAAAACAUUUUUUAUGGGAAGCUGAAACAAAAAACAAAAAGGACCUUUUGGGCAGAUCUCCCAUUAAGGAGAAAAUACAGACAGAAUGUACUGUACAGCCAACUUUUUUUCACACUAUUUAUAUGAGCUAAACUGGAUCUAUUGAGCCAGGGAAACUUGCUUAGUCAACACUUAAAUAUGCUUUACUAAGCUUGCUAUAAUUGAAAAUUAAAAGUUGAAUUCAGCUCAGUGUUUUAUCCUUAGAGGAGGAAUAAUGAUACAUUAAUCCAAUCUCAUCCAUUUGGGAUUUCCUCCAGAUGUAUUGACUGCACAAUUCACAUCACCCACAGCAGUCGUGCCAACAAUUGCUGGAGAGGUAGAGUUAUCAUUUAUGACCUCAUCAGACAAGCGAAUUUACCCAUCAUAUGCUGCGUCACCUCCCCUUAUGACAUGGAGUCCUUCACACACGACGUAAAGGGACUUCCCACCAGGCUCUAUGCUGAAAAGGGAGAUGAAGCAGUACAGGCUGCCACCACGGCAACACAGGAGCCUUCGCAUGUUGUCUUCCCUACAAUGGGAAAAAGCUGGGCAGUGACACUUCCCCCAUGGGAUGAGGAGGAAGGUAAGGCAGGCGAUUGGGGGUGUGGCGCUCUGGCUUAUGAUAAGGUCCCUAGUACAUCAGGAGGACGGCAGAUUGAGAAAACCUAAACUAAUCUAAUAAAAACCUAAGAGUUUAUAUCUUAUUGCAAUAUGUGAAGGUGAAAUUCUUUAAAAGCUAUAUUGGGUGGCUGUACAGGUCAUUUCUGAUUGAAGGAAAGUGUCUACCUUAGUGUGCAUUUCAUCAGAAAUAUUUGCUUUUGUUCCCCUCCUCAGUUAAAAUCAGAAGAUGAAGUUCAAACUCUAAUAACAGCCAAGCUUAAACAUAUUGACUAGAGUUAAGUUUCAAAGCCCAAGCACAUUCACACAAUCUGGCCUGGACAUGAAACUUUUUUGUUUGAAAAAUUCAGUGACUGGGGCACUUUGACAUUUCAUUUCCCUUGGGGAUAAAAUGAUCAUACGCAGUAAAGAGAAAGAGAAGUAUUGAGCAGAGAUAUUGCAUUUGUAAAAGGUAAAUUGUGCCAGCUAGGACUAACAGAGAAAAAAAGAUUGAUUAAAAUAGAAAUCAUUGCAGGAGAUCAUCUUGCUGUCCUCCACUGUCCCUGGGAUCAAUGUAGCUGCCAAAACUGCUUUGAAAUUAUAUGGACCCGUAUGCUUUAGUGAAAAAAGAAACAUCUCAUCUUUACACUGGCGAUUUUGCUGCGUCCUUCUCCUCCCUCUUCUCCCCACCCUCCUGUUCCUUUUUGUUCUUAUUUUGCCAUUUUCCUCCAAAUCAGGACUGAAUGCAGUUUGCAAAAUAAAAUAGAUAUAUAUAGAUAAAACUAAAAAUCAUACAAAGAAAUAGCAUUGAAAUGUAAACUGACAAAAUAUAAAGACAACUUAAAACAUACCAUUCAAAUAACUUUAAAAGGUUAGAAUUAAAAGCAGUUUUAUUAGAACUUCAUUGCUGAUUACAAAUAACUGGAAUCAAGUGAUUUCAACUUGAGAAUUUGUUUCAAUAUUAUUUAAUUUAGAAUUCUGAAUUUGUUGUAGGCAUUGUUAUAAGACAGUGAUUUAUUUUAAUUAGGAACUAUAAAAAUGUUCUAGUUUGGAAAAUUAUAAGUUAAAAAUGAUAAGAUAUCUUUUGGUGCUGUGUGUAUAUUUUGGAUUGUAGCCAAUUGAACUUUACCUUUGGUAAGGUACCUGACAUCAUUAUGUACAGGUUAUUUCCUUUGAAGUAUUCAAAAAGUACAUUUUUAUAUUUUGGGUGAAAAUAGUUGUAAGUCAUAUCAUUUUUUAUUUUUACUUGUGUCUUAGUACGCAGGUUUUAUGAGGAAAAUAUUUUCAAUAUUUUGAAAUCUUUAAGUGAUGUAGGGGCUGUUUUGAAUUGAUUUGAUCCAAAUGUUUGCAGAAGACAUUAUACAAGAGUACAGGCCUGAGAAUGGCUUUUAUUUUGAGAUGCUGUGCCACAAUUUUGCACAAAAUUGUGCCAUGGCUCGUCCUGAUGCAAUGCAUAUCUUAUAACUUUGUGAAAGAGUUUGUACAAGCGCAGGGUACAAUGUCCUGCAAAAAUAGAAUCACAUCCUUAGAAUUGCAUCCUUUCUUUUUUAUUGCUUUUGAAAUGAUGUAUUUUUUUAUUUUAUUGUUGUUACACAAGUCUAUUUUCUUAUUAUAUCUAAAUACAAUCAGGGAAAAUUGUAUAUUCUUUUAACUGAGGCCACAUGAUGACUUGAAACAUGCACUCUUUAUUCCCCUUUUUAUUUAAUGUGUGCUGAGGAGUACCAGGGUGAAACUUUAGUUUAUUUAAACUCUUUUAGUAAAGAAUUGAAAAGUUUAUAUCUUUAUUUUCCUCUUAUAAUUGCUUUGGUCACCAAUUCUAUGUGAAUUCUGUACAACAUAGCCUCUCUUCUGAAACAAUUUCACUGGAAUGAAAGGUACAAUCAGUAACCAAAACAGAAUGAAACACAGGCAAACUUAUCCCACCUGUGGUAUCUGUGGAGAUCAUUUUAUUCAUUUUGAUCUACCUGAUUGGAAGUGAAAACGGUUCUGGCAUUAGGGAGAUAUCUUAGAUAGGACUCCCUCAUGUGCAAACAUUGUCAAAUUGUUGUUUGCUCUGAACAUGAGGUCUUCCAGUGAUGAAAAUCUUUUCCUCUCCCUCUUCAGCCACUGAUCAUCUGUUUCUAAGAGAGGAGAUGCUACUAUUUUGUAGUAAGAUCGGGAUGAAUUAAUUAGUGCAGUCUUGAAGGCUUUGCCUUUGUGGUGUAGAUUCUCCUCACACUACCUUGAGCAUUAAGGGUGGAAUAUCAGGAAGAGUCCUGUUGGUGACAUACAUUAGUGUUAUACCAAUGUAGGGAAUGUUAGGGGCAUUGUGAAAGGAGAUAUUAACACCUCUUGUUCAAUACUCUUUCCCCCAAAAAGGAGCUUCCUGUCACUCCCCUGUAGUCAUUUAGUGGCCAGGGAAGGGUAGAGUGUGACCAGGCAGCAUCUAGUGGCAAAUUGACAGCCAUGAGUAGGGAGAUGUUGAGUGUACAUAAAGCCUAUUUGCCAGGGAUCCAAGAAAGUGAUAUCUGCUUUCUUUUCGUGGCUGUCUGAUCACAAUGGGACAUCAUCCAAAAACCUCCUGACCACCUUCAUGGAGUCAUUAUCCAAUAAUAGAGAGUUGGGGACAGACGGGAGAGCCUCACAGAACUGUGCAAACAAACCAUUAUGUUCUGCCCAUGUGGUGUAGGCUUUUGUCCUAUUUGUCAUGUUAUGUGAAAGCCCAUUGGCCUGGGAACCAUGUUUUCUGUCGGUAGCAACAAUCUAAUGGUAUAAUUAUGUCCCUCUGAGACACCCUACUAGGUAAUGCAAAUAAAGGAACAAGGCACGAGAUACAACCUAAUCCUAAUCCUUUGAAUUAGAUCUAUCACUAAAAUUCAGAAAGAAAUCAGGCUAAUGGGAAAUAGGUGUUGGUAAUGAAUUGCAUGAAGGACAUUGAUUCUUGAAGUCCCACAUUUUUAAAAUUUGUGCUUCAAAUGUAUUUGCUCCAAAGGAUUGUUGUGUGUUUUCCGAGCUAUUUGCUCCAAACUUCAUACCAUUUUCUUAUCUAUAUGUAUUUAUGCUUGCUCAUCUUGGCUGUUGGCCAUUACUCAAGUUUGGAAGUUGCAGGUUAGUGUAAGGCCUUUCAUAACUUCUGGUUCACGUUUACACUGUUUUAUCGCUUUGUACUUACUACAGUAGUAUUGUUUAGAGAAGCAACUGUCAAAUAUUUUUUUCUACCAGUAUCAUCGUUCAUAAAAUACAAUGUGAUAUCAUCCAUAUAUUCCCGCAAGUCAUCAUUAUAGUUAGAGUAGAAGCCCAUGGAAAUGAAAGUGACUUGCUAAUCACAAUCAACUAAAAUCCCGUUGUAUUUAAAUUGGGCUUUUCUAGGUACUACACUCAGAUUUCACCCAGAUUGUUUAAGAUUAACUCAAUAUUUUCUUUAAUGAACAGUGUAUACAGAUUUUCUUUUUGGUUUGUCUACAAAAACCAUUUAGCUACUGUAGUAAAUGUCAUGAUCUUGCAAAGCUCUCUGAGCUUUGUGCUGUACCUUCUUUAGUCCACCUGGUGGCAUGAAGCACACUUUUGUUUGUGCGCAUGGUUUAAUAGUGGUUGAAUUCCACAAAUGUAUAUAAGGCAGGAAACAGUGCACUAUAGAGAAAUUAACCUUGUACCGAGUUUCCAGUUUUGUCCUUAGAUUUAAUAUAUUUUUCUUUCAUUUUUUCUUGUCUUAAAUUUUACAAUAUAUUUUGUAAUAACUUAGGGAACAAUUCAGGCAAGGUGUGUUAAGUCCCAUUGUUUCCAGCUGGAGAUGUUUGAGCACAUGCUUGCUUAUGUCUCCUAUUGGAAUUUAUGGGACCUGACAGUGUUGGACUUUGGUUGGAUCAUUCUCGUUGUGUUGCUUUAUCUUCCAGAAUAAAUGUGACCCAGUCACAAGUUAUAUAAUGUAGCUUGUAUACAAUGUAGCAUAUAGGUGAAGUAAUAAAGCCAUGGGCCUGAUCUAAGCCUCCCUGUGCACAUGGUUUUGUGCAAACAGGAGGGAAACUUCAUAGGGAAUCUACUGAGCCUUUUUCCUUCCAACCCUGUACCCCAUUUCUUUAUGGUUGCAGUAAGUCUAUUUCGUUCGGACAUUAACAAAAAUGUUUGUAAAUGAUGUGAAAGUUGUAUCCUAUUUAUCUUUGAUAUUAACAUUUAAAUAUCAAUAUUUUUGUAUAAAAUUGCUUUUAGGGUUCUUAUAAGCCUGAGUGUAGCAAAUUUGACCCCCCCCCCCCUUGUCUUAAAUCUUUUGUUUCUAUUUUACUGUUAUAUGUAAUUUUUUUUAAUAUAAUCUUUUCUGGGUAGGCAACACUAUUUUUUACAACCAAUAACUAUUAACAGAACUUUUGGUUUUUCAAAUUAGUUGGAAAGCAGUCAAAUAAAAUCUAAGUUGCAAGGAAAGAUGCUAUAUUUAAAAAGACCAAAUAAGUGUAGAGAAUUUACAAGAAGAAUUACUAUGAAGCCUAAAGUCUAACAGAAGGAAGUGUAGUUCAUUUACCUGAAUGGAUUUAUCCACACUUUAUCUCUGUUCUGGUUUGUUAUUAGGUUCACUUUUGUUUGAUCAAAAGUGUUUGCUGAUUUUUUUUCUUUGUAGAUAGUUAGCAAAAGUUGAUGAUCCCUUAUUUUAUUGUGAAAUUUCAUUUCUGAAUAACUACUCAUCCAAAUCUGUCCAUAAGGUUCUGCUUUCUUCAUACCCACAAAUGCCAAAUUCAGUUGUUUGCACAAACUGAGCAGAAUUUUAUCUACUUGGUUCCUUUGGUCUUAAAUACAUUUUGAAUUCAAUUGAAUUUAUCCUGAUAAUAUCAGGUCUGUUUUAUGUAAAUUCAUCACUAUGCAUAUUGUUAUAUUUUACUUUAAAACAAUAGAUUGGUGGAUUUUCUAGGAUUUUAACAAAUUCUGAUGGAAUUUAAUGCAUUCUGAUGAAAUUAGCAAUUCUUGUGUUAAGAUUCGGUAAAGCAAUUUUUAUUCUCUUGUCAGAUUAUUUUAUUAUUUAUAUGCUAUUGCUAUGGUUACAAUAAAAGUAAAGUGAUGGAAGCAUGA